AUGACUGUUGCUCUUCCAGCCGAAAGUGCCAGAGAGAAGGCACUCAGUUACUACCGUCGCAAACUUGUUGAACACAGAGGAAUAGAUGCCAGACUCAAAGAUGCUCGGGAAAAGUCAAAAGCUGUUUCGAAGGAGUAUGACAAGGCGGAGAAUGACUUAAAAGCUUUACAAAGCGUUGGACAGAUAGUAGGUGAUGUUCUGAAACAGUUGACGGAUGAUCACUUUAUUGUUAAAGCCAGCAAUGGACCGCGAUAUGUUGUUGGUUGCCGACGCAGUUUACAGAGCAGCAAGUUGAAACCUGGUACAAGAGUGGCAUUGGAUAUGACAACAUUGACAAUUAUGCGUCAACUACCUCGUGAAGUGGACCCACUUGUUCAUAACAUGUCUGCAGAAGAUCCUGGUUCUGUGUCAUACGCCUCCGUUGGAGGAUUGGCUGAUCAAAUUAGAGAACUCAGAGAAGUCAUUGAGCUUCCUCUUAUGAAUCCAGAACUGUUUCAACGAGUUGGUAUUACCCCUCCUAAAGGUUGUCUCCUAUAUGGUCCUCCAGGCACGGGUAAAACCCUUUUAGCACGCGCUGUAGCCUCACAACUUGAUGUUAAUUUUUUGAAGGUUGUAUCCAGUGGUAUUGUAGAUAAGUAUAUUGGUGAAUCAGCUCGUCUUAUCCGAGAAAUGUUCAACUACGCACGUGAUCAUCAACCUUGUAUUAUUUUUAUGGACGAGAUUGAUGCUAUUGGUGGUCGCCGUUUUACAGAAGGUACAAGUGCUGAUCGUGAAAUUCAGCGUACUCUAAUGGAGUUACUCAAUCAAAUGGACGGUUUUGAUGCCCUUGGUCAGGUUAAAAUGAUCAUGGCAACUAAUAGGCCCGAUACACUUGAUCCUGCUCUACUUCGUCCGGGACGUUUGGAUCGUAAAAUUGAAAUUCCUCUACCGAACGAACAAGCUCGAAUGGAUGUGCUCAAAAUACACGCUGCUCCAAUAGCCAAACAUGGUGAAAUAGAUUGGGAAGCAGUCGUUAAACUUUCCGAUGGAUUUAAUGGUGCUGAUCUGCGUAAUGUUUGUACUGAGGCCGGUAUGUUCGCAAUACGCGCAGAACGUGAUUAUACAGUUGAAGAAGACUUCAUGAAGGCUGUACGCAAGAUAGCUGAUGCUAAGAAGUUGGAAACAAAGUUGGACUAUAAACCAGUUUAA